AUGUUUUUAUUUCUUACAGUGGAGCACACAGCAACCCAAUCAAGAGCGGUGUAUACUACGACCCAAUCAACAGUUGGCCGUACUACGAGCCACCCGCCAGGACACUUCUACCCAUUUGGAGCUGGAGACGUAGUAAACGCACGGUCAGAUGAUGGAAGUUCAUCUCUUAUCACUCUUCAGCAACCAUUUUUAUAUUUUGGAACAUCAUAUAACCACAUGUAUGUAAACAACAAUGGAGACCUAACCUUUGAUCAACCAUGGUAUAGUUACAGUCCCUACCAGUUCCCUUUGGCUGGUGGACGGGACAUCAUUGCUCCAUUUUGGACAGAUAUUGAUAAUCGUGGAAAUGGUAUCAUUUCUUAUCAACAGUACACUUCCGGCAGUGUAUUAUCUCAAGCUACUCACGACAUUAAUCAAUAUUUUCCUCAAGUGAGAUUCAGUGCUACUUGGGUCUUUGUUGCAACUUGGGACCGAGUAGCAUACUUUUCUUACACUGGAACAGAAACAUCUUUCCAAGUGGUUUUGAUUUCCAAUGGCCAUUUGUCAUUUAUUCUUAUGAACUAUGGUGUGAUUGCUCCAACAAACCGGAUUGUUCAGGCUGGAUAUGACACCUUUGACUCCAGCUAUUAUUUCUCAAUUCCUGGGUCUUUUCAAUACAACUACACAAGUUUCACUUAUAGCAGCAAUGUGAAUGUCCCAGGCAGAUGGGCUUUUCGUGUAGAUAAUGGCACAAACACCUGUCAGUUUAAUGAUCAAUUUGUACCAAAAGGCGCCACAUUCUGGACAGAUAGCUCCUGCCAGCAGAAGUGCACUUGCACACGGAGCGGUCUCCAGUGCACCUCACAACCAUGCACAUUUUCUCAAGCUUGCCGUCCAGCUGCUUUACAGUAUAGCUGCCAAAAUGUACCACGCCGAACCUGCACUAUUGCUGGUGACCCCCACUUCUACACCUUUGAUAAUAAACUCUUUCACUUUCAAGGAACCUGCACCUACAUCCUAUCUGAGGCUUGUAGCAAUGACGUGCCAUACUAUCGUGUAGAAGGAAAAAACGAGCAUCGAGGUAGUACAUAUGUAUCAUGGACACGGCUGGUCAAGGUAUUUGUCUAUGAUCAGGAAGUGGAAUUAGUUAAAGAUCAUCCAUAUGAGGCCAAGGUAAAUGGAACCUUCACAGCAACACCAUUCAGUCUUCACAAUGGUUCUAUUCAAGUCUAUCGGUCAGGCUUUUCCGUUGUAAUCAGUACAGCUUUUGGACUGGUCGUUUCAUAUGAUGCAUAUUCCUAUGUAACCAUCAAUGUACCUUAUGACUACCAAAAUGCCACAUGUGGUCUGUGUGGUAACUUCAACUACCAUCCAGAUGAUGACUUUCGCACACCUUCAGGAGAAAUCCUGAGCUCAGACGUAGGAUUUGGAGACUCCUGGAAAGCAUAUGGAGACACGGAUCCUGGCUGUGAGGAUCGCUCAUGCUCAGGUUUCCAAUGUGCACGUUGUACCACCUAUCAGAGGGAUCGUUUUCAUAACUCAAACAACUGUGGCAUCCUGUCAGAUGCUAGUGGUCCCUUUGCCAAUUGUCACUCAGUUCUGUCACCACAAACUUUUAUAGACAGCUGUGUCUAUGAUCUAUGUGUAGGAGGUGGAUAUCAACCCAUUCUGUGUCAUGCAAUAAGUGUUUAUGCUACUCAGUGCCAGCAGCUAGGUGUACAGCUAGGCCAAUGGAGAAGAACAGGAUUCUGUGAAACUAUAUGCACUGUGCCAAACAGUCACUAUGAGUUCCAGGGAACAGGCUGCCCAGCAACAUGCAGUGACCCCUUUUCACCUUUGAACUGCACCUUACCAACCCAGGAAAGCUGUAUCUGUAAUAAUGGCUAUGUCCUAAGUGGUGGUGAAUGUGUUAAUCAAAGUAACUGUGGCUGCACUUUUGAAGGACUUUACUAUACUGAGGGUCAAUCAGUGGUAUUGGACAGCGACUGUGGAAGGCAAUGCACCUGCAGCAACAGAGUAAUGACGUGUCACCAAUAUCAAUGUGGUCCACAAGAGGUAUGUGGCAUAAAUAAUGGUGUAAGAGGCUGCAGACCUACCAGUUAUGCCACCUGUUCAGUUGACCAUCUAGGCUUUUAUCACACCUUUGAUCAAGUGUCUUUCAGCUAUCAAGGAGCCUGUGAACUUACACUCACUCAAGUAAGGGGAUCACCUACCUUACCUCAUUUUACAGUAAAGCUGCAGAGAGUCCCCACAGGUUCCUUGGGCUUUUCCAAAAUCUUGAAUUUUGAAGCAGGAGGAUCUCAGAUCUCUAUAGACAUCGGGGAAGGAAGAAAUGUACAGGUUGAUGGACACCUGGUUGCUCUACCAUACAAUGUGAACAAUGGUCAAAUUCGUAUCUACUACGGCAGUGUGAACAGUAUAAUCCUGGAAACAUCAUUUGGUGUAACUGUGAGAUCUGACUGGUCACAACUAAUUAGAAUUAAAGCACCAAACACUUAUAAUGGCACACUUGCUGGUCUGUGUGGGAAUUUCAAUGAAAACAGAGAAGAUGAAUUUUACAGCCCUGAUGGAGUCUUGUUAAAUACUGCACAGGAGUUCGGGGAUAGUUGGAGGACUGGGUCUCUUUCAGCCUUCUGCAUAGAUUCAAAUGUCAUCCGACAAGGACAGAACGAAAGUGACUUUAGUGAAUACUGCAAUAUCAUCACCAGUCAAGAUGGGCCUUUUGCCCAGUGCCACAGCAGCCUGGACCCGCGAAUAUGGUUAGCAGAUUGCAGACACAAUUUGGAACAGACCAAUGGUGCCAGAGAGGCCAUGUGUGAGGCUCUACAAUCCUACUCCCUACUUUGUCAGCAAAAUGGUAUCAGUGUGGGAGAAUGGAGAAAUAUCACCAACUGUCAUUUCACAUGCCCAGCCCACAGCCACUAUGAAAGAUGUGGCACUUCUUGUCCCGCAGCAUGUCCAAGUCUGUCUUUUCCAUUCCCUUGUACUCAACAAUGCCAGGAGGGAUGCCAGUGUGAUAAUGGGCUGCUCCUAAGUGGAGACCAGUGUGUUCCACCUACGGGUUGCGGCUGUUUUCAUGAAGGCCGCUACAGGCAGAGUGGAGAGCAGUUCUGGUAUGGAGAGCGGUGCCAGUUCUAUUGUGUCUGUGAUGGGACAUCAGGUAAUGUCCAAUGUACCUCAUCAUCUUGCCAAGCACAGGAAAUAUGCACUGUUACUGCAGGAGAAUAUGGCUGCCAUUCUCGACCCAGUGCCACAUGCUCAGCCUCAGGAGACCCCCAUUACACCUCUUUUGAUGGACAUAGAUUUGACUUCCAGGGCACAUGCUACUAUACACUGGCCACUGUAUGUAAUGAGACUGGACAGCUACCAUAUUUCCAUGUCAUUGCACGAAAUGAACCAUGGAAUGGACUCUCGGUGUCGAUCACUGUUGAAGUUCAAGUCAAUGUGUCAGGACACCUGGUUCGUGUUUCACACAACAUGUAUGGCACAGCAGAGAUUGACAGUCAAACCAGGACCCUUCCUGCUGUCCUGGACUCUGGCAAUGUGUCGGUUUACUCCAGUGGAAGGAACACAUAUAUUACAACUGAUUUUGGCCUACGUGUGAGUUAUGAUGGCUCUUGGGUGGCGGAGGUCACAGUUCCAGGGAAUUACAGUGGAGCCACAUGUGGCCUUUGUGGUAACUUUAAUGGUGACAGCAGUGAUGAUUUCCGUCUGCAAUCUGGCGCACUGACUCUUUCUGCUUCGGAGUUUGGAGCUGGCUGGAAAGUGGGAAAUGAUACGGAAUGUAAUCAUGGAUGUGGAGAUGAAGAUUGCUCAUCCUGCCAAGACCCAUCUAGAGCACAGGGUCUGUGUGCAAUCAUAACGGACAAUCAGGGUCCUUUGAGUUUCUGUCAUGCCUAUGUUAAUCCACAGGCCUAUUUUGAUGCGUGCGUCUUUGAUCUAUGCCUCUCUGAGCACAGAAAUGACGUACUGUGCCGCUCAAUUGAAACUUAUGUCAGUGCCUGCCAGUCUGCCAAUGUUAGGAUUUAUCCUUGGAGAGAGAAUACAACAUGUCCAUUGAACUGUACUGAUGUGAACAGUCACUAUGAGCUGUGUGGCUCAGACUGUGGACACACCUGUACCAGCAGUGUAAAUGACUCAUGUGCAUGCAGAGAGGGCUGCUUCUGUAAUGAAGGCUUUGUGAGGAGUGGAGGAAACUGUGUGCCUGCUCACCAGUGUGGAUGCUCAUACAAUGGGUUCUACGUCCAGAUUGAUGAACAGUUCUGGAAUGAAGGAUGUUCACAACACUGUAAGUGUUUUGCUCCCGAAGACCUGCGUUGCAUCUCUACCUCCUGCUCUUCCACUGAGGAAUGUGUAGUCAAGAACGGUGCACUCGGCUGCUACAGCCCUAUGUCAACUUGCAUGGUGUCAGGUGACCCCCAUUAUUAUACAUUUGAUGGAGCUGUGGCACACUUCCAGGGCACUUGCUCAUAUGAGAUUUCUCAGACAUGUGGGAAUGCCAUUGAUGGUCUACAGUUUAGGGUGGUUGGAACAAACAUGCAUCGUGGGAGCACAGCGGUUUCUUUUGUAUCAGUAGUGGAUGUGUGGCUAACUAAAGAUGAGGAGCAAACAAACAUUUCAAUUGGACAAAACAGGAGAGUAAAGGUUGAUGGGAAUGAAGUGGAGGCAUCUACAUAUCAAAUCAGUCACCUUGCAGAAAUAUAUUAUGAACAGAAUUUUGUGGUUGUGAAUGCAUCUAAUGAGCUCUUGGUCUACUUUGAUGGUCGAUUUACACUUUUAGUGAAAUUGGGCCCAAGCUUCCGUGGAUCUGUAUGUGGGAUGUGUGGUAACAAUAAUGGAGAUCCUAGAGAUGACAAGACCCUGCCGAAUGGAACGCUUGCAAUGAAUGAUGCUGUUUUUGGCAACAGUUGGAAAUCAAACAUCAGUAGCCCAGGAUGCGGUGCUAAUGACCAGCCUGAUGAUAAUGACUGCCCCUUCAGAGACGAGUACUCUGAACUCUGUAGCAUCAUCACUAAUACCAGUGGACCAUUCCAACACUGCCAAUUCCGUAUCAACCCUGAAUCUUACUUCAGUUCCUGUGUGUAUGAUUUGUGUGCCUACCCACAGACAUUGGGACAAGACUUGCUCUGCUCAGCUGUGGAGGCUUACGAUGCUGCUUGCACCAGUUUGGAGCUCCAGAUCCCUGACUGGCGCUCUGAUCUAGCUUGUUCAACAGUGGACCCCUGUGAAGGGCUCAACUGUAAUGAGGAUGAGUGGUGUGGGCAGAAAGAUGGCAUCUAUGGCUGCUUCUGUAAUGAGAAUUAUCCCAGACGAAACCCUGAUUUCUAUGACUCUAUUGAAACAUGUGAAAGCAGCUCCGGCAACAUGUCUCUUUCCCGCUGUCAGCUGUUUGAAGCUGGUUUUUCUUCCAGCAGAAUCCAUUUAAACGAUCCUAACUGCAAUGGAACUGUCCACGAUGGCAGAGUAGUGUUCCAUUUUGAUAAUGAUAACCACAUCUGUGGCACAAAUCUCAUGGCCAAUGGCACUCAUUUUAUUUAUGAAAACCUAAUCCAAGCGGAGGUGGACUCACCAAAUGGUGCUAUUCACCGGAAGAAAAAACUUGAACUUGUUUUCUCCUGCAUCUACCAGCUCACCCAAACAUUUAGCAUGGACACAGAGCUGAAUCCCCUUCAGAGCAUUGUGCACAAGAAUCUUCCAAAUGGACAGGGCAUGUACCAGGUCAGGAUGAUUCCCUUUGAGGAUGCUGGGUUCUCCCACCCUUACUCUGGUAAAGCGCAUGUAGAGGUGGGUCAGAAAAUCUACAUCGGAGUCUUUGUUCAAGGUGUAGACAGUCGUCAGAUCGCCACAGUGAUAGAUUCAUGUUGGGCUACACCUACAAAUGAGCGAAACUACACAGUCCGCUGGGACCUUAUCACAAGAAAGUGUCCUAAUCCAAAUGAUGGCACAGUGGAGAUUCUGGAGAAUGGCAUCUCCACAACUGGACGAUUCUCCUUCAAAAUGUUUUCGUUUUAUGCAGAUGAAUCCAGGGUUUUCCUACACUGCAGCAUUCACCUUUGCCUUCUGAGAAAUCAAAACUGUGCGACGCGCUGUUUUCCUGGAUAUCACCACCGUUCAGGCAGAUCUGCAGAUGCCCAUGACAGUGCCUCAAUCUCUGUGGGGCCCUUUAUAUGGACUGCAAAAAGCAGAGGUGUGUAGCCAAAGAGAACAUGACAAUGCACUUUCACUUGCAUUUCCUGACCAUCUGGAUUAUUCUAGAGAUUUUAUUGCUUCUACUGAGUUUCUAUACCUACAUUUACAUUAACUCUUCUCUUUCCUCUUCUUAAUCUUUUAUGUAAUUUAUUACAUUAGCAACAUUAAUCGCAAAGUAAAUAAUAUGAAUAGCAUUACUGAUGUUUAAAUUGUAUGAAAUAAAACACUUUACUCUAUGAAAUGAUUGACAGAAAAUCCUUAAAACUCUUAAAACAUUUUACAGUCUGGCCUGUUUACAGUUUCAAUAAAAAUUUCCA